AUGGGGAUUGUUGUCCUCACUAUGAAGGCAUCUGUUAUUGAAAUGUUCCUUGUUUUGCUGGUGACUGGAAUACACUCAGAUAAAGAAAUGACAAAGAAGAUUAAAAGGCCCAAAUUCACUGUGCCUCAGAUCAACUGUGAUGUGAGAGCUGGAAAGAUAAUCAAUCCCGAGUUCAUUGUGAAAUGUCCAGCAGGAUGCCAAGACCCCAGGUACCGCGUUUAUGGCACUGACAUCUAUGCAUCCUACUCCAGCGUGUGUGCUGCUGCGGUUCACAGUGGUGUGCUCGAUAAUUCAGGAGGGAAAAUACUUGUUCGGAAAGUUGCUGGACAGUCUGGCUAUAAAGGGAGUUACUCCAAUGGUGUCCAAUCAUUAUCCCUUCCACGAUGGAGAGAAUCCUUUGUCGUCUCAGAAGGUAAACCCCAAAAGGGUGUAACCUACCCAUCAUCUCUUACAUAUUCAUCAUCUAAAAGCCCAGCUGCCAAAGCAGGUGAGACCACAAAAGCCUAUCAGAGCCCAUCAGCUCCAGGGACAACCGCACAGCCAGUCCCCCUGAUGCAAGUACUGGGGACCACCGCAGUUGAAGGCACCCAUACCACCUUGCCAAAGCCACCCCCAUCUGCAGGCUCUACCACCAGCAGCCUCAGACCACAGCCCGUGGGCCAGAGAAGCCAGGAGCUGGGUCAGUAG